AUGAGCGGCCGCGGAGGAUCUCGUGCACAGUCACCAUGCGUGACCCCUUCGCGGUGUUUCUUAACGAACCCCUUCAAAAUCUCACCUGCGCAAACACCGAAGACGACGUACCUCAUGCGAAUACUUGGCGAAAGUAUACGGCGCUCAAGUAACGUCGUGGCAACAGUGGCAGCCACUGUCGUGUUACUUGAGGAUGACGGCUUCUCCACCAAUUCUGAGUUCUUGAUGAAGUGGUGGCGUAUGUUGGAGAGAUGUCUCGGGGAGUUGGCGGGUGUCGUGAAUAGCUGUGAAGAGAAUAUCAGGGAGAAGGACAUGCGGGUUUUGCUUGCACUUUCACAUGGUUUUGCUCUUGCAGCCCAAUUGUCAUCAUUGGAACGUCGGUUCCUCGCCUGUUUACAUCGUUUUGCCGAGGUUUGUGAAGGGGCUGAAACUGUUGGUGCGGGGGAGAAGCUAUCUGGUGCAUUGUCAGACAUUACUUCCCUGCUGAAAGGGGAAGAAACGAUACUGGUAGCGAUUAGAAGACAGGAAGCAAAUUACAUCGAGAAAGCUAUCGCACUCCAGGAAGAGGUAUUUCGUGUGGGGGAGGAGGGUGAACCGUUUUUCGGCAAAGUGGAGGAGCCCGAGACGAGAAGGACGUACUUGGGGAGUCUGUGGCAUGCUCUCACUGCGCCAUUUGAUGAUUCGGAAGAGGUGAAUAAUGAACAACUAGUCGCUGCGGACGGGGGCGAUUGGAGUCAACUCAUCUCCACCUUUGGCAGCGGUGGUGGGGCUUCAGUUUGCAAUUGGGACGACUCAAUGUUACUAAACUCAAUCGUGGAAUGCGCCUUCGCGUCCGCGGAGCAGCAGCACACGCUUCUUUCGGAGCGCAAUUUCGCAGUAGCGCUCUUCUUGUUUUCUACGAAAUGUAACGUACUGGAGGAGUUGGUGGAAGUCUGCUUCCAGUUGAGACUCGGAAACGGUGGUCUGUUUGGAUUUGAGAAACUAAUGUACACCGAUGUGUCAUCACAGCGAGAAAGGACGGUAGAUUGGCUCUCUACCAUUUUAUCGCCGUUACGCGAAGAUGUUUUGCAUUUAGAACUUUGUGACGGCAACCCAAAACCCCCAUAUUUUGUGGCUGUAGUUUUCCUUACAUUACUGUGGAAUACAACAUACUGCAUGUGGAAGCGGGGGUGCAUUAGGGAGGCAUACGAGUGGUUGCGGGUAGUAGACUUGGGACAACUGCGGCGGAUGGCGAAGGCUGAGGAUGAGAGGGGGAUGAAGCGAGAGAUAUCUCCGGAAAGUGGAGUCAACAGUGAAGCCGAAGAUGUAGGAAAUGUACAAGAGGAGUUGAAGUACACUGGAUCACUUUCGUGGGAUUACAUUGUGCACCGGGCAGCGGGGUGUCCGGGACCCGAUCGGGCUAAACAAGUUCACAGACAUAGCGAAGUAGAUUUUAGGCAUGAUAGGAGCGGACAACUAAUGUGGUUCGUCCACCACAUCAGUUGCCUGCGGAAUGCUUGUGCUCUCGCUCUUCUUUGUAGUACCCCACAUGAUGUAAUGUACAUUAUAUCCAAAUUUCAUCACUCGCGCCGCUGGCAGUGGCGUCAAUGUGUUUAUUUACACGAAAGUGCGAAAGACGCCGGAGCUAACCUCUCGGCAGAGUUUGGAGUUGUAGAUUCAAAGUUUGAAGUGUUAUCCCUUACUAAUUUUAUCGUGGAGAACUAUCUUGCAAGGCGUUCUGUGCGAAUGUAUCAUUUUCGAUCCCCGCCAUCACCGAGGAAGGCAACGUCUUCAGACACGACUAUUGAAGGGUCGGUUGUGCAUGUGUGUGAUGAGCUCAUUUGUAGCAUGAGUUACGGCAGGUUCUCUGGAGUUAAGGAGAUGGAGGAGGCGAUGUUUUCUGAGUUGUUUGGUGCCUGUUGCGAGGGGGAAAUCGGUGAGGAAACAGGAGGAGAAGCAACAACUGAAGGAGAUGAUGGUAGUCAGAGAAGACUUAAUUGGUUGGAGGUGCACGUUGCCAAGGUGGCUGUCGCCUUCGCUCGGGAUUUUCGCGGUAAUAUAUAUUUUCAAAACGCUUGGGUGGGAACUGAAAGAGGUGCAAGAAGUGAGAAACAUUCGGGUGGUGGUGCCGAAGAGGCCAGUUGGUCCUCAGUGUUGCCGUUGGUUAAAGGUUUGCAUGGUUCUGCUGCGCACCCACCGAUGCCCACAGAUGCUGGAGGAGGGAACCAACCCAUUAACGCCUGCUCCCAGGGAACAACACACCAUGAAUUUGAAAAGGAGCCCCAAGGAUUGUUGCGUCACGUCAGUUGUAUGGUUCCAGUGCGGAUGACACCUCCUCGGGUCGAGCAUCAAGCAGAGAAUGAGAGGUGCACCUUGUGGCUUCCUUCAAGAAAGGGCGUUGGACUACUUCUACUUCCAGAGGAAACUGAUGUGAAUGGAGAAUACGAUUCUUUCGGUGAGGUUGCGUUGCGAUUGUUGGUUAUUGCAUGUCGAUAUUGUGACUCAAUGAAACUACUCCCCCUGCACAGUCGUUUUUCCCAUCAUGCAGUGCCAGAGGCCGGGAGAGUAGACGCUGAGAAUAACGAUCAUUUAAGCGGAUGGGACAGUUGUCAUGCGUUGCUGCCCUCUGUCGUGCAUGAACUUAACGUUGGGCUUUCACUAAUUACUGACGAGCUUAGGAGCAGCGCCGGGGGUGAUGUUCUCUCGGUGUGGCAUCAACAAAGGGACUCAAGCAUUAGUCGUUUCCGUCUCAAUCACUUAGUUAGCGUUACUUUGCAUGGAUUGUGCUCUGAUGCGUUGACUUCGAUAGAACUACAGAUGCGGGAGGAGUCGUCUGUAAUUUCGGCUCGAUGUACCAUUAGCCAAGCAGUGGGUGCGGUACAGGAAAGCGAUCAAGGUGAGCUUACCGUCAUAGACUCAUGCAGUACUCCUAGAGAUCUUCUGUUGGAUUCGUCGACAAGAAAAAGCAACGAACUGUUUAUGCCCUCUCCAACAAGCCCAUUUCAUCUAGGGGAUAAGAGGCAAUCAUCAUCAGCGUUUGCUCCGGAUCUUUCGUUUGACUUCUCUGCCUUUAAUUCGGAGACAUUGUACGCUACAAAGCAACUGGUGAGGGAACUUACGGAACGUGAGGAGAAAUGGAGGCGAGCUACUGAGGACGAUUCACUGCCUCCAAACACAGAAGAAUGUGGCAUUAGCGUCUUGCCUUGGGGAGCUCGAAAGUUGCUUCACGAUCGGCUGCCGCUCAUGUGGCAGUUUGCACCGUGGCGCCUUAUAUACGGUACGCGUUUCCACGGUUAUAGUUACUCUAAUAUGAUAAACGCGUGCCAGCGCGAAGUCAACAACGCUAAGAGGGACGGGAAGCAGCCGAAAAUGAUAUUGUUACUGGAGCUAGACAUGUCAGCAGUGUGUUUGGAGGAUGUCGUGACUGAAGAGGGAAACGAAAAAAAAGGAGGGUUCGUGAUUGGUGUAUGUAUGUCACAUCCUCUUUCUUUGGACAAUAGGAGAUUUUACGGUGGGAGCACAACGUUUGUUUUUCAAAUACGUAUUCCUCCUUCUCCACAGGAACCCGCAAUCCGAACCUUCCACGCCACGGGGAGGAAUGAAAAGUUCAUAAAUUGUACUCCCCAAAGAAUUGCCAUAGGUGGAGGAGGUGGCUGUAGCCUUUUUCUCAGUAACUCUAUUUCUAGUGGUUCCACUGCUGCAUGCGUCACGUUUGACUCCCCACCACUAACGCACUGGAGAGAUCCAUCGUUGCCGUCGUUGAGCGCCGGUCCUUCCACCUCAGAUAGCGUGAGCAGCUUUGAUAUUCGGACUGUUGAGGUGAUUGUCGUUGGAGAGUAG